AUGUUCGCAAAGGCCUGGAGCACAAUUGCUCUGGUGGGCUCAUUUUUGGUGUCGCAGAGCAAUGCCAUUACCUAUAGUCCAUUGAAGCCCCCGUCAUAUCCCUUAGCGGUGCGGAGUCCAUAUCUAUCAGCGUGGAUCCCGGGCAAUGAAGUUGACUCAUUACCUUCCAACAACGCACAAUUCUGGGCUGGGAACACUCUGGUUUGGUCUGUGAUCGCCCGUGUUGAUAAUACCACGUACAAUUUGUUUGGUGUGGCCAGUCCCAACGAUGGCACUACUUCGGCCACCGUGACUGCCGCUACAUACACAUCGACCCAUUCUACCUUUACAGUUACGGCUGGAUCGCGCACUUUCACGCUUGACUUUUUCUCUCCAGUUUCACCCAAGAACUAUCUUCGACAAUCCCUGCCCUUCUCGUACUUGACGGUGACGCUCGUUGCAGGCGACUCGAGCUCCGUUCAGAUCUACUCUGACAUUAGCGAGAGUUGGACGGGCCAGUCAACCGAUUCCAGCUGGAGUUACUCCACCACUGGAUCGACAGGAGUCUUCCAGAUCGAGGCAGUCGGCCAGGCAACCUAUUCGGAAAACAGCGAUGGUCAAGCUCUCUGGGGAAGCGCCGUGUAUGCAACCCGUCCCUCUAGCGAUAGCACACUCUCCACUCAGGCCGGUCCUCGGGUCACAGUGCGAGAGCAGUUUAUCGAAGAGGGUACCUUGACAGGAACUUACGCAGAUUGGACUAGUGGUGCUGUUGUUGCUUUUGCUCAUGAUCUCGGUACCACAGCGGAUGAAUCGUCCGUGACAUUUGCAAUCGGCCACGUGCGGGAGGAGUCGAUUAACUUCCUGGGAGCCGCGCAAACGGGCUACUAUCGUGCGACCUACCCCGAUACCCUUGAAGCUGUCUCUUACUUCCUUGAUGACUACGAUGAUGCCAAUUCCGAAUCGACUACAUUCGAUGACUUAAUCUCUAACACCGGAUCGUCGAGCUUCGGAUCCAAGUACUCUGAUGUGUUGGCUCUUUCUGUACGCCAGGUCUACGGCGGUAUUGAGGUGACCAUUCCGAAUGAAACUCUCGACACCAGUAGUACCCGCGCGUUUAUCAAGGAGAUCUCUAGCGAUGGAAACAUCAACACUGUCGAUGUGAUCUAUGCGACAUUCCCUAUCUUCUACGUCCUGAGCCCCGACUACAUCAAGUUGCUCCUCAGCCCCGUAUUCGAGUAUAUGGCUACCGACGCCUAUUCCGAAAUCUAUGCAGUGCAUGAUAUUGGAGCGCUAUAUCCAAAUGCGACUGGUCAUCUAUCAUCCGGCGAGGCCAUGCCAAUCGAGGAGAGUGGCAAUGUGAUCCUCCUCACAUACGCAUACCAGAAAGCUAGUGGGGACACCGACUUAUACACUACCUAUUCCUCCCAGAUCGAGACAUACGCGAACUACCUAUACAACAACGGCCUUUACCCAGCUGCGCAGCUGUCUCUAAAUGAUGCACUGGGAGAUCUCGCCAACCAGACCAACUUGGCCGUCAAAGCUGCCGUCGCCCUGACAGCCUACGGAAAACUGGCUAGCGAUACGACGUAUGUGACCACGGGCCGCGACUGGGCAGACAAGAUUUGGACGGACCACUUGGGUACCGACGCCGCUGGAACACGCUUUUUGAUCCAGUACAACAUUACCCCCUGGUUCCUCGUUUUCAACCACUACCCAGACAAGUUGUUCGGGUUGGACGUCUUCCCAGAUGAUGCAUACAACGCAACAUCCGAUUUCUACCCGACCGUCCGUGAGGAUGCAGGUAUACCCCUCGAUGGAACUAUUGGCUGGGGUCAGACAAAUUGGCAAAGCUUCGUGGCGGCUACCGUCAGUGAUGAUACCCGGGACACCUUCAUUGAUGAUCUUUGGACAUAUAUCUCGAACGGCCUGAAUACAGCUCCGUUUUCUGACCGGUAUUGGGUUACUGCUAGUGGCAGCUACUCUGCUGGUGAAUCUUAUUCUUUCCGUGCACGGCCGACGUUAGGCAGCCACUUUGCUUUAGCGGCACUAUCUGGUGCUGAUAUUUGGUCUUGA